CCCGGCCCGCGCCGCGCACAUGCGCGCGUGACCUGGGGGCGGCGGUUGCUUGUAGGCGGGGCGUGUGCCCGUGACCGAGGAAACCGCAGCGCAAGCGUCGCCACCUCGCUCUCCAUCCAUAUUCUCUCUCGAGUCUCGCCCCGCCUGCCUCCCACCCAGGGCACAGUACCCUCCCAAAACCCCGCCACCAUGGCCGGCUCCGCCGCCACCGCCGCCCCACCGGAGGAGGAGGAUCCGCAGACGCUGGCGAGAUGGUACCAGCUGGAGGCGCUGGAGCGCGCGGUGGCCGGGAACACGGUGGCGUUCCUCGAGACGGGCGCCGGGAAGACGCUCAUCGCGGUGCUGCUCCUCCGCGCCUACGCGCACCGCCUCCGCUCCGCCCCGCCGCCCUCCUUCGCCGUCUUCCUCGUCCCCACCGUCGUGCUCGUGAGCCAGCAGGCGCGGGUGAUCGAGGCGCACACGGACCUCCGCGUCAACCAGUUCUACGGCGAGAUGGGGGUCGACCUCUGGCGCGCCGACACCUGGCGCGCCGCCAUCGAUGGGACCGAGGUCCUCGUCAUGACGCCGCAGAUCCUCCUAGACAACCUCCGCCACAGCUUCUUCAGGCUGCGGGACAUCGCGCUUCUCAUCUUCGACGAGUGCCACCAUGCCAACGGGAAUUCCCCCUACGCCAGCAUUCUUAAGGAGUUUUAUCACCCCCAAUUGAAUUCUAGACCAUCCAAUCCUGUACCAAGGAUAUUUGGGAUGACCGCCUCGCUCAUUAAUUCAAAAGAUUUGCAGCGUGCCAGCUAUUCGGUGAAAAUAUCCAAUCUUGAGAAUCUUAUGAAUGCGAAGGUGUACACUGUUGACAGCGAAUCAGCAUUGUCGCAAUACAUUCCAUUUGCUAAAACAAGGAUAGUCCAGUAUGAUGAUUCCAGUAUACCGUCUGAGUUAUAUAGCCAUACUACCGGUUGCUUGAAGAAAUUGGAAGCAAAGCAUUUAGAAAUCCUGAAGUUGAAACUGAAUGGUUCAUCUUUCGAAAAUGCGGAGAAAAGGAUAAAGAAAGUAAGUGCGACAUUCUUAUAUUGCAUAUCCCAUCUUGGAGUAUGGCUGGCAGCAAAGGCUGCUGAGGUUUUACAAACAUAUAAAGAAAUCGGCUUAUCCUUUUGGGGUGAAAAACUGGAUGAAAGAGCUGAGGGAUUUGUUAGAAACUAUGCCAAAGAUGUAUACAAUGAUCUCUCUGAAACUAUAUCGAAGAUGACAGAGAGGGGCGUACAACGACAUAUCGGUGAGGACUUUGCUGCUGACCUGCAAGAUGGGUUAUUGACAUCCAAAGUUCAUUUUCUUAUCAAAUCUCUUCUGGAAUACAGACAUAUGCAAGACUUGAGAUGCAUUGUUUUUGUUGAGAGGGUUAUUACAAGCAUUAUAUUGGAGUCUCUUCUGUCCACUAUACAUCAGAUGUCUGGGUGGAUUGUUAGAUACAUGGCAGGUUCUCAACAACAGUGUAGGAAUAAACACAUAGAGAUCAUUGAUUCAUUUCGAAGAGGAAAGGUGCAUCUAAUUAUUGCCACACAAAUUUUGGAAGAGGGCCUGGAUGUGCCAAGUUGUAACUUGAUAAUCCGCUUUGAUCCAUCAGCAACUGUACGCAGCUUUAUACAGUCACGUGGUCGUGCUAGGAAGCAAAAUUCUGACUAUGUUUUACUUGUUAGAAGGGGAGAUGCCAAUGCCCAUUCUAAGACACUGGAGUUUCUCGCAAGUGGGCAAAUAAUGCGUGAAGAAUCUCUGAGAUUGGCAUCUACUCCUUGUCAACCUCUUCCAAACACUCUAUGCAAGGAAGAAUGUUAUGUUGUUCAAUCUACUGGAGCAGUGGUGACUCUAAACUCUAGUGUUCCAUUGAUUUACUUUUUCUGCUCAAAGCUCCCAUCGGAUGAGUAUUUUAAACCUCUACCAAGAUUCAAUAUUGACAAGGCACUAGGCACAUGUACCUUGCAUCUUCCAAAUAGCAGUCCUGUACAUACAGUUUAUGCUCAAGGAGAAGUGUCUGUCCUCAAACAGGUUGUUUGUCUCAAGGCUUGCCGGGAAUUACAUGCCAUUGGUGCUCUCACAGAUGCUCUCUUGCCAGAGUUGACUGUUCUGGAAGAUGAACCUGACAUUGUUGUGGAGAAAUACAAAGAGGAGCAGCCUGACUACUUUCCAGAACAAUUAGUGGAUAAUUGGUUACAUUUUUCUCGUCUUGGAUUAUAUUACUGCUACAAGAUCUCGCUGGAAGGGUAUUCUAAAACUACUCCAGCUGAGAUAGUUUUAGCUGUAAAAUCCGAUAUGGGAUCUGACUUCAUCUCUAAUUCAUUCAAAUUGUGGGGUGUGCAAGAUUAUGUAACUGUUACCAUGAGGUAUGUUGGCAUCAUUCAUCUGAAUCAGGAACAGGUAAUUGUCGCUAGAAGAUUUCAGACAACCAUUCUUUCAUUGAUUAUUAGUAAUGACCAUUUGGAAGUUGGGGAUUCUAUUAAGAACUUGCUUGAAAUGCCAUUAUCUCCUGGAGUUGUUUAUCUACUUCUGCCUGUAGUUGCUGGAAAAAUUGAUUGGUGCAGCAUCAAAUUCUCAGCGUCACCAAUGCUUGAAGCUACUAACAAGGAUAUCAGACGCUGCCAUUCUUGUAAAGAUACUGAUUUUGUGCAGACAAAAGAUGGCCCUUUAUGUCGGUGCACGCUUAAAAAUUCUAUUGUCUGUACCCCACAUAACGGCACACUUUAUGCAGUUUCUGGGUUUCUUGACUUGAAUGUAAAUUCGCUUCUGCAUCGAAGUGAUGGUAGUGUUGUUAGCUACAAAACUCAUUUUAAAACUAGGCAUGGCCUUGAUUUAACAUGUGAAGAUCAACCUCUCUUGGCUGCCAGUAAGAUUUUGAAAGUGCGGAAUUUCCUCCAAAAGGGCAAUUGUCAAGAAAAAAAAGAAACUAGCAAUAGGAAUGCUGUUGAAUUGCCACCUGAACUCUGCAUAGUUGUGAUGUCACCGCUGUCAGCACAUACUUUGUAUAGCUUUUCAUUUAUUCCUUCUAUAAUGUAUCGUAUCCAGUGUAUGCUUCUUUCUGUGAAGUUGAAAAGGCAAUUGGGUCCAAUAAUGCAGCAGUUUGACAUACCAUCAUUAAAGAUUCUGGAAGCACUGACAACAAAAAAAUGCCAAGAGGAAUUUUCGCAGGAAUCAUUAGAAACACUAGGGGAUUCUUUUCUCAAGUAUAUUGCAACUCAACACCUUUUUAGCAAAUACAAACAUCAGCAUGAGGGCAUGCUAACCAAGAUGAAGAAAAACUUGAUCUCGAAUGCAGCUUUAUGCCAGCUGGCCUGCAGUAACAAUCUUGUGGGAUAUAUUCGAAGUGAACCUUUCCACCCAGAAACGUGGAUCAUUCCAGGGCUUGGCUAUGAUACAUGUGGUAGCAGUAAAAUCGUCAUCCAAAGUCCCAAUAUGUAUAGCCUGAGGAAACUGAAACUGUCUAUUAAAAGUAAGAGAAUUGCAGAUUCGGUUGAGGCCUUAAUUGGGGCCUAUCUUAGUGCUGCCGGUGAGCAGGGAGCAUACUUUUUCAUGAAAUCUUUAGGAAUGGAUAUAGAGUUUCACAACAUGCCAAUUGAAAGGAAAGUUACAAUCAAGUCUGAAGAGUUCAUUAAUCGGAGAAGUUUGGAGGAGAUGCUUGGCUAUGAUUUCAAUGAUCCUUCAUUACUGGUGGAAGCACUGACACAUGGUUCAUAUCAGAUUGCUGGCACUACUGCAUGUUAUCAGGAAGACGGAGGGAUGGAGAGACCAAAAUGGCAUGCCACAUAGGCAAGAAUUUGUUGAUUACUGAUAUUUGGACCCAGGAGGCACAAUCAACAAGUUUAGGGUUCUUGAUCUGCAUAUUAAUAGUUUGGUGACCUAGGUGACACCCCCAAAUCGGGAAAGUUGGAGCACUGUUGGUGUACUUCAGUCAAGAUUAUUCAUGGCCUCAUAUCCUAGAAAAUAGUUCAUAGCCUUAUAACAAUGGAUGACAAACACUGUAACAAACUUGAACAGAAUGUUUUGCAUAUUCUAGGACAGGUGUUUAGACAGCCAAGUUUAGAUUUAACUCACAUUUAUGUUUGGUGGACCAAGUAGUGUAUUGGAUGCUAUUAGUUCCGUUUGGAACAAGAGUAAUAACAAGUCGAAAACACGAGGUAAUGAAAUACACUAUUGUGGAUAUCAAUAAAAUAUUUUAGGUGACAUUAUGUUGAUGCACAAUGGCAUAUGCCCUGGAAUGAUCCAGGUAACGAAAUACGCCCAUGAUCAUUUUUUUUAAUAUUAUAUGGUAAAAUUACAAUGCCUUAGUUACAAUAUAAUAUUUAAGGGUAUAUUCUAUGGUAAAAUUUGUAUACACUGCUGUAAAAAAUGCGUAAUAAGUGGUCUAUACAAGGUUCAGUUUUUCAUUUCUGAGCGUGUAAUGUUGUGCAUAAACACUACUUGGGAGCACCCAGUAGUCCAUAAUAUUAACGAUCUAGCCUUUCUUGUUACUACAUAGCAUGAACUGAAUAAUAAGCUUUUUUUAGUUUGCACAGUGCAAUUUUGUAUCGUUUGCAUCUUAGGAAACAGAAGUAGCUUGAAAACAUGGUUUUGUUGUUUCCUAUAUUACCACUGAAAAGGAUAUAUUUCUUUAUAUUAUGCAUCAUCUAUACAUAAUUUUGAUAUUGUGCAUGUUGCUUCUGCUAAAUCGAAGUUUGUAUCAAGCAGUGAUAAACAAUUUAACAGUUUUAUUGAGUUACUUAUGACUU